GAAAAGUAAAAGUUUAGCCAGAACCUCUCAGCUUCUUCAGAUCUGAGCACUUAAAUGUUUUGUGCUGCUUGACAAAAUGCAUCUUUCCAAGUUCAUUUCACGUCCAUGUUUUGAGCCCUCAGGAACAUCCUCUUCCACUGAUCAUCAUGGUGAUGAAGUGGAUACAGCUGGGGGAAGCAGGACCUUUGCAAAUAUAAUUCGUGACCGUGUGAGGUCGGUUGGUCUCUCAGACUCAAUAAAAUUUGAGGCAAAGAAAAUUAAAGAAGGUGGGAAGAAGAAUAUUUUCAAGCAGAAAUUUGAGGUCAGAGAAGGGGAAAGGCUAUUAAAGGCAUCGCAUUGCUGUUUAUCAACUGAAGCUGGUCCUGUUGCCGGACUUCUCUUUAUUUCCACUGAAAAGGUUGCAUUCUGCAGUCAGAGAUCAGUUACCUUCAAAUCUCCAGAUGAGCUGCUCGAAGAAACAGAUCGAAAGAUUGAGAUACCAAUAAGGAACAUUAGAGGGGUCGACCUGAACGAGUCACAAAAGAAGAAAAUGACCAUAAUCAUAGAAGAUAGUUCUGAAUUCCUGUUUAUGGACUUUUUGCGUUACGACAAAGCUCGUCAGAACUUAGAGGAAGCAAUUCUAUGGCAAAGUUGCCAAGCAGAAGGAAGCUGAUCUCGAAAUUAGACACGUAUUGUGCUGAUUGAGCUGAGGCCAAAAGAAAAGGCUCGGUUGUUAGACAAAAUUCUUAUGCUCUGACUGUGUGUAGUUCUCUUUCAAUGUAUGAUUAAAAAAAUGUAAAAAAUGAGCUAUUAUUAAGGGAUUUCGAGCCCUUUUGCCUUUUCUAAGGAAGAUUGAAAGGGGAUAGCAGAAAUUAAGAAUAAUUUUACAGGGAUAAUCGAUCAUGGCUUUUGCCAAAGCUUGCAUCGUGUGUUUACCAGAAGAAAAUAGUAAGCAGGCAUGCUGUACUACCGUGUUAUGUUUUACUAUGAGAUACUUUCUUGAAGAAACUGUGUUUCAAGAAAGCUAAAUCUUUUGGGUUUAGAUUCAUUUGCUAA